AUGCCGUAUGAGGCUGCCACCGGCGACCAGCGACCAGCGACCAUGUGCACGCGGCCUUUGCAAACGCCUCGAUCCGCUGACACGCCCUCGCCUCGACCGUCUGACGCCUUGAUGCCUGUGACGCCGCCCUCAUGGCCCGCCUCGGAUCCAUGGUCGACGGUGACUAUUUCAGCAAUGGUCUGCUGCAACAACUGCCAGAGGGGCCAUGAAGAAAACACAAUCUCCUCCCUCUCUGCUGCACAGCUUACACCUACAUACAUGCUGCUAACGCCUAACAGCAGUGAGGCGACCCAACACUUCUGGGGUCACGCUGCUAGCCCUAUGCAUCACCACUACCUCUGA